AAGACCUUUACAAAAAGGAGGAUCUGCAGAGUGAGGGAAAGCAGAGAGUGAUGGGAAUUGCAGCGGCCAUUGGAGUGCUGUCACCGUUUCCCUUCUAUUACUGUCUCUGGAAUUGGCCACAAUCAUGGGUCGACCUCUGCGGUAAAGAGAGAGACCCAUCUAAGGUUAUGGCUUACGUUGCUCAUUUAUUGAAACUGCUUCAGUUCAUCUCCCUCUUCUAUGUCUCUUCCUUCCAUUCCCUUCCUCCCUUCUACUUUUGGCCCCUUUUUGCCUUUGGCCAAUUCCUAAACUUCAGGGUUUACCAGCUACUCGGUGAGGCUGGCACAUACUAUGGUGUACGCUUUGGAAAAACUAUUCCCUGGGUGACCGAAUUCCCUUUUGGGGUCAUCAAAGAUCCUCAGUAUGUUGGCAGCAUUAUGAGUCUUCUUGCAUGCCUCUCAUGGGUUCCUUUUCAAUACAUUCUCCUGUGGGUUUUAGGAUAUGUGUUUAUGAUGCAUGUAGAAUCAAAGGAAGAUCUAUCUACUCGUGCCAAGCCACUCCAUUAAUUUUAUUUCUAGAUUAGAAAGAACUUGAAGGAUUGAGCAGUAGCUGAGGUGCAAAAUUCUAUUUACAUGUUCUGAUGCCAUCAAAUUAUUUCAAAUAAACUGCAAACUUCUUUAUUUUUCUCAUGAAAUAUGUAUUUCUAACAUUAACUGAUUAGCUUUAAUGAUUGCAACGCCCCACCUAUGAUAAGAGUU